CAUAUACCCAAGAAGCACGGGCCCUGGCGGCUGAUAGCCUUCGUCUGCAGCCAUGGGGAUAGUGUGGUCGGCCACCGAACUCACUGCCAGCUUGGCAGGCAGCCUGGUGGGCCUCUAUACCGUUCUCUGCGGCUUGCACUCGCUUUGCUCAGGCUCUGCGCUGUUGGCCAUCCAGCGCUCGGCCGUCCCGGAGAUCCAGGCAUCGAUUCUGCAGCUCUCUGGGGCCUACCUCCGCCGAGGGCAGGCAGCCCUCCAGUCGCCGCAGAAGGCGGCUUCUGUCCUCCUGCUCUCGCCCAUCGGGCUCCUGCUCUGGAUGCUCUCCUUGCAGUGCUUCCUGGCGGCGCGCGUGGUCGCAACCCCGCACACCAGUCAAGUGGCCCUGCCGGUCUUAGCGGGCAGCGUGGCGGUACUGCUGGCGGCACCCCGGCUUUGGUGGAACCUGAUGCUGGUGCUGGGCGUGGCGGCGCCGGCCUUACUGGCCUGGGCCCCGCUCGCCGAGCCGGAGGCGCCGGAAGAGGCCGCGGAUGCGGAGGGCGACGUGUCGCGCGAGGCCGAGACGGACGAGGUUGGUGAGUCAGGGGCGGCUGAGGCCGAGGAGAAAUAGCGAAGGUGCGAGA